AUGUUGCAUCUAGCCUAUUACAUCGUGAUGUUCGCGUGCCAUCUAGGACUGAUCGGCAUGAACAUGUGGGCCUUGUUCCAGGCACGGCGGCUGCAGCAGGACCGGAUCAACCCGCACGACUUUGCGUCGAAACUGAACGCCCUCGUCGUCCCGGAGCACAUGUUCCAGCUCGCGACGACGAUCAUGCUGUGGGCGAAGGGCCACUACUUGCUCGCCAUCCCCGCCUGCUUCGUCACCUGGACGCACGUCCGACAACACAUGCGCGGCGACGCGUGGCUCUCCCCGACAGACGCCUUCACGCGCACGAAGCCCAUCCAGGCCGGCCGGGGCAUCAAGCAGCUGCUGUACGUCUGGUCGAUGGUGGCUGUGUUAUACCUCCUCGCCGAGGACGGCGUCAAGGACCUGGUCGGGUGGAUGCACGGGUACCGCGAGAAAGUACCGUACCGCUUCAGCCCAGACUUCCAGCACCUCUAG